AUGGACCUUCCACGCUGGCCGGUGGACCAACUUCCCGGCCUUUGCGCCCGGCGACCGGGUGGGCGUGCGUCUGUUCCUCAAGAGCGAGAGCGAGAGCGAAAUGGCGUGCUACAAGAACGGCCAGUUCCUCGGGGUGGCCUUCAACGGCUCGCGCACGCCCUUCAGCUUCCCGCUCGUCCCCGCCAUGUGCCUGUGGAAGCAGGGCGACCGCGUCCGCCUCUUCCCCGACUCCUUCGUCGCCGAGCGCAUUGCCUGAGCCUCGUGAGGUGCCGCUGA